AAAUCUGUAAAAAUCAUAUUUAAUAACCAUUUUAUGAAUCAAAAUAGUUGUGUACGAGUAUACCAAAUAGUUUAUCAAAGAAUGUUCAGUGUUACAUAUAAAACAAAUGAGGAAAUAGUCUAAGAAGAGGGAAUUAUAAUUUGAACAUGGUUGUUCUGGGAGGAUGGCAACACUCGCAUUCACCGAGAUGGAACAAACAAAAAGUGAUUCAAGCUGCAUCGCAAUUAAGUCCAAAACACCCGAAAACACCAAUACUAAACAAAACACAAGAAUAAGAAACAAAAAUGCUGUCCUAAGAAAGUCAAAAUCAGCACGAAAUGGAGAAAAUUUAGACAAUCAGACACAAUCUCAGAUGAAUGAAGAACCACAUGAGAUUAAAACGCAACUGUCUCGACCUGAACUUGAUGGAGAAGACAGUGCAAUAGGAUCUGAAGUAAGCAGUGUAAUCAGUAUGUCGGUUGAAGAUGAGCAUGAUGACUUACUAAAUGAUUUAGAUAAUCUCAUAUUACAACCAGCCGGUUCAACAUCAAAACAACUUCCUAGUCAUACAUUGAGAACCUUCUCUGCACAACCACCUUUUAUUGUCCCAAAGUUCCCUGUUCCACAAACCAGAGCAGUUCCAACAGGACACAGCACACCUCAGAAAGGGAAAUUUCAGCGUAACAGGAUACAACCUGUUGAUAAAGUUCCACACAGUAAUGCCUUCCAAACAGAAUGCCUUGCUGUCAGCAACAGCCUAGAAACAUCUGAUGUACGAAUUGAUGGAGAACAAUCUUUAACCACCAAGUUACCACCCAGUUACGGUACAGCAGCAUCAUCUCUACCUCCUUGUUCUAGAGGGGGUAUGUCAGACUUCGUCAUUCUCCAUACAGAUGCAGACAUGGAAGAAGCCUGUGCCUUCAUGACCCAUUUAGUAAAUGACACUGGCAUUGAGGAUCUUACUGUAGAUUUGUUCAGUAACAUCGACGCCGGAAAACCUGGAAUGCAAAGUCUUGGUAAAUUACACGAGAAGUAUCGAUACAUUCUGACUUACGUCACCGAUAAUCUAGCGAGUGACAAGUACUGCAGAUUCCUUCAAGAAAUCAUACUGACAUUUGGUCUGCAGGAAGCAAAUGGAAAAGAAGAUCGGGUUGUGCCUGUAUUUACAAAGAAUGAACGCUGCAAAAUCCUAGAAAUAAGUAUAAUACGUGGACUACAAUAUUUCAGAUUUCGUCCACUUAACACAUUCCUCAGUAACUUAUACCUGAAAAGUGUCAGAAAUCUUGUUCAAGAUGGAAGAACAAAGUUUCCAUAAAAGUGUUGAUUUUUCUAAUAAAUUUCCUGUUAACA